CAUGAAUGCCGAAGUGGACAUGGAUGCCGAAGUGGACAUGGAUGCCGAUAUGGAGUUUCUGGAUAGCGCCAUCGAUUUAGUAUUUGAUGCGGAUCUCACUGUGGAACCGCAAGUACGAAAUCAGCUUUUGGAGUUGGUCUACGCCAGGACCAAUCGACUGCUGAUGCAAGCCCACGAAAAUAGGAACGAUAGGCACAGCGACGACAUUACGCUCGCCGACUGGGAAAAGGUGCCAAAGGUGCAGAUGAAAAAGAGGAGCAAACUAUUGAGCACAGACGAGAAAAACGACAUCAUGGCAAAUCAGAAAUCCGACAUGCCCAUGCCCAGUACCACUGGACCCUGCUCCGGGCUGAUGUUGCCGCCCUGGCGACACUGCAAAAUGGGUCCCACGGCCAUCCUGAAGGCAAUGCAGGCACCACAGAAGAUUGCUACUGCUGCAAAGUCCAAUGGUGCAAGCUGCCAGGGCUAUUUCCCGGUCAAGGGCGUUCCACGUUUCCCUGCUGCAAAGGCACUACCAAUGGGUGCCUUUAUCUUCCGCUAGGAAUCGAACCGCCCAUCAGACGAGAUAGGAUCCUAUUUCUUAGACUUACAGCAACAGAAACAUUAUGAAUCAAUCA